GUGGACGUUCAGGUGAUUGACCCGAAGGGAAAGUCCAGUUCUGUGCCCAUACGUGUGCGACAGAACGAUGAGGACCCGACCAAAUUCAAGUGCGAAUACGCGCCUCAAUUGGAGGGCCCGCACAAAGUAGAGGUGACUUUCGCGGGCAAACCGGUGCCCAACAGUCCGUUCGCAGUGAAGGUGGCGCCGGCCUGUAAUGCCGAAAAGGUUCGGGCGCUCGGACGCGGUUUACAGCCCACAGGCAUUCGGGUCAACGAUAACGCCGAGUUCAAGGUGUUCACUGAGGGCGCCGGUGCCGGCAAACCAGAGGUCAAAGUGCUCGGACCCGACGGACAGCCCAUCAAGUGUUCGGUGCGCAAACUGGCGGACGGCGUGACCUACGACUGCGACUAUAAGCCGCUGAAAGAGGGCCGGUAUGUCGUGGAAGUGACUUUUGCCGGACAAGAGAUCUUCCAGAGUCCAUACGAAGUGCAGGUCUCGCCUAUGAAGGAGUCUAAGAUUGUCGCCUACGGGCCCGGACUGAAGGGCGGUGUUGUCGGACAUCCGGCGCGCUUCACAGUGGAUACGAAUGGCGAGACGGGAACCCUUGGCUUUUCAGUGGAGGGACCCUCUUAUGCGCAGAUCGAGUGCCGCGACAACGGCGACGGCUCGGCCGAAGUGGAGUAUCACCCGACGGCUCCGGGAGAGUACGCCGUUCACGUGACCUGCGAUGGCGAAGACAUACCUAACUCGCCGUAUAUGCCAAUGAUUAUACCCAAGACUGACUACAAUCCGGACGCUGUGGUAGCGUCCGGACCCGGACUCGCGCCCAAAGGUGUGGUGAUUGUGACGCCCACUGAGUUUACGGUCGACACCCGUAAGGCGGGUAAAGCGCCGUUAGAUGUGUCGGUCAUGAAUAACGCCGACUAUAAAGAGCUGGACCUUAAGCUGACCGACAAUAAAGACGGCACGUUUAAGGCCCAGUAUAAGCCCGAUAAGCUCGGCAAACACACUGUCCACGUGAACUACGGCGGUGUUGCCGUACCCAAGAGCCCAUUCCGGGUGACAGUGGGCGGUAUGCCCGACGCCGCUAAGGUGAAAGUGGAGGGCCCGGGAGUGUCAAAGGGAGUCAAACCAAAACAGCCAACGUAUUACAUAAUAGACACCCGACAGGCGGGCGGCGGCGAACUGGUCACUAGUGUUAAGGACGAGAAGGGCAAAGAUGUGCCGAUCACCAUAACUGAUCAUCAGGACGGCCAGUACACCGCCGAAUACACGGCUCCAGCGCCGGGCAAAUACAAAGUAAGCACCACUUAUGCCGGACGGCCAGUGCCCGGAUCGCCGGUCGACCUGAACGUCACACCGCCGGCCGAUGUGUCCAAAGUGAAAGUCGAUGGACUCGAGAAGAUUGUUGUCAUCGACACAUUGCAACAGUUCCGGGUGCGUAUCGACACCGACUACUGCGACCAAUUCGACGAGAUAUCUGUGAUUAUUACCACACCGACCAACGAGGCAUACCUUCCGCACAUCAUUCCCACGUCCAGCGGUUUUUUAGUCAAUUACAUUCCCCACCAGACGGGCCGAUAUGUGAUCCGAGUUUUAUUGAACAGUGUAUGUGUGCCGGAUUCGCCGCACACCGUACGGGUGGUUGAACCGCCGCCCGACCACAAAAGCCCGGUACCAACCGGUCAACAGUGCGAUCUGAUCCGGGCGUACGGACCCGGUCUUACACAUGGAACUGUACGAAAAGUGGCUCAGUUUUUGAUCGACACGAAAGCGGCGGCGGACACCAGCCCUGACGUCGCCCGACUGUCCGUCUGCAUCGACGGUCCCUCUCAGACCACUGUUGACUAUCGAGACAACUGCGACGGCACUUAUUCGGUGUCCUAUUUGCCAACCGCUGCCGGAAAGUACAGAAUUGGCAUUACGACAGACGGCCGACACAUUCCUCGCUCUCCUUUCACGGCCAUAGUUAGUACCGGAAUAUAUCAAUUUGUCAAUUGUAUAAACUCAUUCACUGUGGACGCCAGCGCAGUAGACAAGGCAGGGGACGGUACGGUUGAGCCGACCAUUACGGGCCCGUCGGGCAAGAAAGUCAACUCUCACGUCAAGAAUAAUAACGACGGCACGUAUAAAGUGAACUACAUUUUGCCCGACGAGGGUGAAUACAAAUUUGACGUUAAGUUUGACGGCUCACCCAUACCGGGCGCCUCUCCCGUGGCCGUGAAGGCCACACAUGGAGCCGAUCCUAAGCGCGUUAAAGUGUACGGACCGGGCAUUGAGAAGGGAUUCCUUAACCAACCAAAUCAGUUCACUAUUGAGACAAUUAAUGCCGGCAACGGAGGCAUUGGACUGUCGGUUGAGGGACCCACCGAAGCAAAGGUCACCUGUCGUGACAAUAGGGACGGCACAUGUCUUGUCGAGUAUAUACCCAAUGAGGGAGGCGUUUAUGAUGUGGCCAUUAAAUUUGCCGAUGAAAAUGUGCCAGGAAGUGUAUUCAAAGUGCCGGUACAGAGCGAAGUGGACGCCACCAAAGUGACGGCUACCGGUGCGGGCAUUGACCCUAACAAUUGUCGUGCGGCCGCAUCUCUGCCUUUCAAAGUGAACGCCAAACGCUCGGCCAAAGCGCCGCUCGCCGUAGAGGUCACCUCAGAUAAGGGACCCAUCGCUCAGAAGCCAGAGAUUGUGGAUAACAAAGACGGCACGUAUGACGUGUCGUACGUACCGCCGCCCGAAGGCAGCAAAUGCGAUGUCAAAGUGACGUAUGGGGGCAAAGAUAUUCAGGGCAGUCCAUUUAAAAUGAAAGUGAAGAAGAAGUCUGAGCCGAAGAAUGUAAAGCUUUCGGGUCCGGGACUGGACAAGAAGGUGACGGCGAGUUUGUCC